CGGGAGCGCCGGGACCGGGGAGGGCACAGGGGAACCGGGGAGCCAUGGCCGCGGUGACCAGGGGCACCGCGACUCGCCGCAGCCGCCUGAAGCGCUCGGACGGCAGCACCACCUCCACCAGCUUCAUCCUGCGGCAGGGCUCAGCAGAUUCGUACACGAGCAGACCCUCAGACUCUGAUGUCUCUUUGGAAGAGGACAGGGAAGCAAUCCGCCAGGAAAGGGAGCAGCAAGCAGCCAUCCAGCUUGAGAGGGCCAAGUCCAAACCAGUGGCGUUUGCUGUCAAGACCAACGUGAGUUACUGCGGGGCUCUGGAUGAAGAUGUUCCUGUCCCGAGCACUGCCAUCUCCUUCGAUGCCAAGGACUUCCUCCACAUCAAAGAGAAAUACAACAACGACUGGUGGAUAGGGAGGCUGGUGAAGGAGGGCUGCGAGAUCGGCUUCAUCCCCAGCCCGCUGCGCCUGGAGAACAUCCGCAUCCAGCAGGAGCAGAAGAGGGGCCGCUUCCACGGAGGGAAAUCCAGUGGCAACUCCUCUUCAAGCCUUGGAGAGAUGGUUUCUGGCACAUUUCGAGCCACACCUACAGCCACAGCAAAACAGAAACAGAAGGUGACAGAACAUAUUCCCCCCUAUGAUGUGGUGCCGUCCAUGAGGCCUGUGGUGUUGGUGGGCCCAUCACUCAAAGGCUAUGAGGUGACAGACAUGAUGCAGAAAGCUCUCUUUGACUUCCUGAAGCACAGGUUUGAUGGGAGGAUAUCCAUAACCAGGGUGACAGCUGACAUCUCCCUGGCCAAGAGGUCUGUGCUCAACAACCCCAGCAAGAGGGCCAUCAUCGAGCGCUCCAACACCAGGUCCAGCCUAGCCGAAGUGCAGAGUGAGAUUGAAAGAAUCUUUGAGCUGGCCAGGUCCUUACAGCUGGUUGUCCUGGAUGCAGACACUAUAAACCACCCUGCACAGCUUAUCAAGACAUCUCUAGCACCAAUUAUUGUCCAUGUCAAGGUGUCCUCUCCAAAGGUUUUGCAGCGACUGAUCAAGUCCAGAGGGAAGUCGCAAAGCAAACACUUGAAUGUCCAGUUGGUGGCAGCUGAUAAACUUGCACAAUGCCCACCAGACAUGUUCGACGUGAUCCUGGACGAGAACCAGCUGGAGGACGCCUGCGAGCACCUGGCCGAGUACCUGGAGGCCUACUGGAGAGCCACGCACGCGUCCAGCGCCGCGCCCGUGACCCCGCUGCUGGGCAGGAACCUGGGAUCCAGCGCCCUGUCCCCGUACCCCGCCGCCAUCUCGGGCCUGCAGAGCCAGCGCGGGAGGCACGGCGGCCACUCCACGGAGAACUCUCCCGUCGAGCGGCGCGGCCUCGUCGCCUCCGACGAGAAUUACCACAGCGAGAGGGCUCGGAAGAGCAGGAACCGCUUGUCUUCCAGUUCCCAGCACAGCCGAGACCACUAUCCCCUCGUGGAAGAGGAAUACCCCGACCCCUACCAGGACUUGUACAAACCCCACCGGAACCGCGGCUCCCCCGGCGGAUACGGCCACGACUCGCGGCACCGGCUCUGAGCCCGGGGACUGGGGAAAACCGGGAUCCGUCCGUCGAUACCUGGCCAUAACGUAGCUAGAAAUAACGAUUAGAUCAUGUUAAUUUGGCGGGUGUGACGGGUGACGCCGCGGUCGCGCUCUGCUGUCGUUGAUGUUUAAUUAGGGGGCAGCGAAACCCAGCCCGGCCCUUCCGUUUCUGCCCGAUCAUAGAGGUUGUUUUUGGGAUUAUUUUUGGGUUUAAUACAGCAUUUGCAUUUAUAGCCAUAUUUUUUUCUCGUCCUUAGGUAUUAGACACAUCCGUUUGUAAUUUUGGGUACUUAUCGAGGCACUUAUAAAAUGAUUUCCUGUGCUGGAAAUUCCAAAUGACCAGUUCCAGUUGGAACCAAUUUAUAAACCAAUUCCUGUUGGAAUUUGGGUGAAUUGACUGGAAAGUCGACGUGAGCAUGUUGGGAAAAAAAAAACCAAAACCAAAAAAUACAAAGAACAAUCUGAAAAUUACAAACCACUGAAAGUCAGAAAGUCAGCUCCGGUAUUUGUUUGCUGGGAGCUCAGUUUCCAUUUCAGGUUAGAAUAAAAGGAUUUAUUCUAAUGAUUUCUUUCCAGAAUGGCUUUUUCAGACAAACCAAAUGUAAACUCUCGAGAGUGCCAAAUACCCCAAAUUAUUGCAGCAGUUACAAAACACUUUCCAGUUUGGAAUUAUUUUUAGACCUGGCAUGAAUGUUGCAGCCAAACGAUUCUUGAGUUCAGCCAGUCCUGACGGCUUUGUCGGGACCAGCAGGGAGGAACUGCGACAGGAGACGGGAAACGGGGACAGGAAAAGGAACAAACUCCAUCGUUUGUGUGCUUGGAGGUUGGGAAUAGGAUUUUUUUUUUUCCCCCACUCUUUUACCUGACUACAGCUAGAACAGGAGUAUAGAGACAUCAGAUUUUUCUCCCAUUUUUCUCCUGCUUUUGAAAUGGAAAGCAAUCCCCUCCUGUGCGCAGAGUACCUACACCCCAGUACCCCGAGUAGCUGCCCACGUGUUCCAUCUUCCCAGAGGCACCUCUGAAUGUCUGACGAUUCCAGCGGCGCACAAGAACUCUCCAGAAGAUCCAUUCCAGCCAUGAAAUCCCAGGGGAGGGAGUGGGCUUGAGCCGUCAUCAGUGGCGAACAUUUCAAACAACAUCUCGGUCAGAAUUGCAAUAAAAAAGGGAACACCAGACGAAAAUCUGCUCCCAGGAAAGUCGUGGAGCUGAUUCCGAGCUUUGGAUUCUAAGAGCUAUGAUGAAUCCUUGGAGAUUUUGCUGCCUUACUUCCUUCCAAUCAUUUCUUUCACCUACCGAGUCUUGAGUUCCUUCCAGGAGAUGAAUUUCUGUGGUUGGACCUUGUGUUUUACACCGUCAGUGAAGCCUUAGAUCCCAUGGGAUUGCGAGUUGACCCUCACUGCCCGUUUUGUACAACCACUGACAUCUUCCAGCAGAGCCUCCCGAAAUUCCCCACCGCACGCGUCCCCCGGAAUCGACACAACUGUGCUGAACAGGCGUUUGUUUAUGCACGUACUGUUUCUUUUUCCCCAAAAUAAGGAUCAUGAACUUCUUUUAUUUGCUUGUUUUCCUCCCAAAGCCUGCAGAACCCAGGCUUUGAAAGCAUGUAGCACUAAAGGAAUUUCUGGAAUAUUCCAGUUUCUUCCACUUCCUGGACCAGUUGGCAAAGACCACUGGUGUUUCCAGCGUCCUGGAGUCCGAUCAUCCUCUUGAAGUUACUGGGAAAAGCAGUCCAUGUCCUUUGUGGGACGCCCAAACUCACCCCCAUCUCCAGCACCAUUAAAAGGUGGCAGACACCUGACUAAUUAAUCAUUUUAAUGACCCCCCACUGCCUAACAGGCAGCUCCAGCACCGCUGGGUGAUCCCAAUGGACCAGUUACCAAGGAAGAUGUGGAAAUCUGUGCAUCCACUGCGGUCCCAGAGUUCUGGGUGGAUCUGCCAGACCUGAUCCUGCCCCAUUUCCUCUGGCUGCGGAUGCCAGAGGGGCUCUGAGGCUGAGGGGACGCGGCAGGACCUGGCCUGGGACCGGCAGCUCCUCCGGGAUUCCGUGCUGCAGCACAGUGGAGCAUCCUCCAGGAAGUUUUCCAGCCCUUUUUCCAUGUACAGCGCACAGACCUGCAUGAGAAAGGAGGCCUUGGGCGACCCCUCAUUCUCGGAGCUUUCCUUGUCCUGAUGGCAGGGGAGCUGUGGAACCCUGGGCAGCAGCUGCUUCUCUUUAUUCCGCACUAGGUUAGGGAUCAGCUCAUUCACUGCUUGAGGAGAUUUGCAUAUUUGCAUAUCUGCAGUCGCUGCAAAGCACAGAGAUUUCCUAGAGCCUUGUUUGAAGUCUUCCAGGUCACCCGGGGCCGGGGAAGGAUCCCCAGCCGCCACAGCCCAUCACCCGAAGGUCUCAAGUGCCAAAACCACUUGGGCUGGACAAAAACAAACCUCUGAGGGAAGUCAGGGAUGGGCCAGAGGUCCUGCAUUCCAUGGGCUUGAGCUGCCUUGACUCCUGCGUGUCCUGAGUUUCUCCCAGAGCCCAUCCCACGGUAACAGAAGGAACCAGGGGCCCUGCAGGUCUCCCGCCUUGCUGGGGUGUUAAAUUCUUUGAACAGAGAUCCUCUUCAAGUACAGAUACACCAACCCUGCUGGGAGACUCUUCAUUUACUGCAGAUACUAUGGGCAGAGUAUUCCAAACUACUGUUUGGAAAAGGGAUUUCUGCUGAGGACACAGUCAGGAGUGAAAGCCGUGCUGGGGAUCGGGAUUGGCAAUUCCCGGCGGGAUCCCAGCACCGCUGAGCAGCUCUCUUGUGGUUUAGAUGAAAUUGUGGAGUUCGUGUGUUCCUGACCGAAGCAAUCCAGCCUCAUUCUCCAGUCCUCACAUCACUUCUUGUUGGUAAAAUAAUACUAAAGACCAGAGCUCUGUUCUGAGCUCUGGCAGAGACAGAGGGUUUAGAAAUGCUUAUAAAACAGGGAUUUUUACAAGUUUUGUUGUUAUCCAAGUUUCUCAUUCGGGACACUUUGGGAUUAACGAGGAUUUAACCAAUCAAGGUGAUAACAAUAACUCUAAAGAGAAAAUUCAGCACAUUCUUAUGUCUGGGAAUCGAUGACUUUAAUUGUUAACCUUUGAAUUUCAAACGCUCUCUCCCUGGAGUUGUAUUUAACACGUGCAGAUUGUUCUCCCGAUGCCAAACAUUUCUCCCAUGGGACGUGCAACUCACAGCUGCUGAUGUUUGUAACUUCAGCUGGAUGCCAGAUCUUCCUGAAUUCAGUUUGGUCUCAACACCACAGAAUCCCCUGGAGCAUCCAGACUCCCCUGUCUUUACUGACUUCACCGCUCCAAAAUAAUGUUGUUAUUCCUGUUGUUCACAGCACAGUGAUUUGGGUAAGUCAGGGGUUCUGACACUCCUUUUUCCUUUAAUAACCCAUUAAAUGUGUCCUCUGCUGCUUUUCUUUCACGAGUUCAGUGCUUCUGAAACUUCUCCUUGAUCCCACAUUCCUGAUUUUUUUUUUUAAAGAGAAAAUAAUUGGAGACUACACAUGGCAAAAUCAGAUGCAUAUUUGAUAAAAUGCCAUUUUUACAAACCUGGGUUUGCCCCUAAAAAUGUGCAUUUUAAAAUCAAGUUCUGUUCCCCCUGUUGGUGCCAGUCCAGGUCUGGAUCCAUGGGAUUCUGCUGCCGUGUAUUUUGUUGGAGUUGCCUCUCGUUCCCUCAAAUAUUAGUCCUACAAAGGACCCUGUCAUGCAGCCAAGCUUAACUCUGGGGAAAUGGAGUUAAAAUGAUCCUAAAAGAGAGUGUGGUGUCAUUUUAAGAGGCAUCUGAAUGACCUUGGUGAGGUUGUUACCGAGCCCAGUUUAUUUUAUAUAGAAAAAAUAAAGGCAUAUCCUUUAAAAAAAAAAAAAAAAGGGGGGG